AUGGUUGCCAGAGCCGUAUGGCCGCUCACCGCUGCCUCUGCUGCACCACCGCCCUGCCAGGGCGGCGCGUGCGAGGAGGGCGGCGACUGGACGUACGAGAACGGCUUCCUGCUGGCAGACGCGCGGCAGAGGGCUCUGGCGGACGCAGGCGAGGCCUUCGUCGUGGAGACGGCGGGGACGCGCCACUGGGCGGUGGAGAGGGGGUGGUGGGACGGCGAGGGCCCCUUCGACUGGAAGCGGAGCGUCGGCGAGGGCGCGGGCGGGAGGGCGCACGCGAAGCUCGACGUGCGCGGGCGCGAGCGGGCGGGCGCCGACCACCUCGCCGCCGCCGCGGGCCGCGUGUCGGACGGCUCGCUCCCUGCAGGAGACGUGGCGGGCUGGCUGGGCUGGAUGGCGGGCGUGUUGCGCGACGAGGAGAGCGGCAUCUGCUUCCGGUCUACUCACGGCUUCAUGUCGACGGGCUCGCAGAUCUCGCUAGCACGCGGCGGAGGCCACACGGCCUCGCACUUCUUCACCGCCGCCUCGGACCCGCUCGUCGCGUGCUACAAGCGGUGGACGUUUGGCGACCCAGCCGCGGCGGCGGCGGGAGACGGGGGCAGCCUCGCUCUGUGGAGGCGGUGGCGCUCGAUCGACCUCGCCGGCCGCUCUGUCCCAGAGGCGAUGCGGCGGGCGCUGCUGGAGAUCGAGGCGGAGGCCGUGAGCGCCGCAGAGCGAGGCGGCGCGAGCGAGUUUAGUGGGAGCGUCGCGCGCGAGCUGGAGCUGAUCAGCUCGUUUGCGGUGUGA